CACGACAAUAGUUGCAAUUCUAUUAAUAAAUCCCUGUAUGACUACCAGCUACGAAUGAUGUCUCCCAUAAGAAGAGGCUGGGGAGGCUGGGAUUGCCUCAUCUCACCCAAUUCUCUCUCUCUCGCUCUUAAUGGCCGCCAACUUCCCAACCUCCUCGACCCACCGCAGGCUAAGCUUUCCCACGCAAUCGACAACGCGAAGUUUGUGCCUCGUGGCGGCGAAAUAAAUAUGAAUUUGCUGCCGUUCCCGGGCGCUGAUCUCCUGGCAUUCCAUUCCAGCCUCUUUGGGCCCUCUUGAUCAUGUCGUGGAUGCUCUUGGCGCUGGCUGCGGCCUCGUUCACUGCAGCGCAGACCUACACUGACUGCGAUCCGUUAGACGAAACAUGCUCGGCCGACAACGGAACGACGGCGUCCUACAUCAGCUACGAUCUCACACAGAGCACGGAUCUUGCGGAAUGGACUGUAGUCGCCGACACGGUCACGGCGACGUCGCAGGGCGCCGAGUUCACGAUCAGCGAGGAGGGAGAUGCUCCUACAAUUGAGACGGCCUUCUACAUCAUGUUCGGCGAGGUGUCAGUCACUCUGAAGGCUGCGCCGGGGCAAGGAAUCGUCAGCUCGAUAGUCUUGGAAUCAGAUGAUCUCGACGAGGUCGACUGGGAAAUCCUGGGCAGCUACACCACAAAACUACAGACGGAUUACUACGGCAAAGGCGACAGCGCCGACUACGACCGCUGGACGUGGGUCGCCCUCUCAAACCCACAGGAGGAAUACUACACCUACACCUGGACCUGGACGGCCGCACAGCUCACCUGGGCGAUCAACGGGACCACAGUUCGCACUCUCACCUACGACGAAGCCGUCAACGGCACCCGGUACCCGCAGACACCCUGCCGCGUACGCAUUGGGAUCUGGGCAGGCGGCGAUCCUGACAACGCCAACGGCACGAUCGAGUGGGCGGGAGGUGUCACAGACUACGAUGAUGGUCCGUACAGCAUGUACGUUACCACAGUCGAUAUCACCAACUACAAUCCAGCUGUCUCGUACACGUACACCGAUGAGACGGGCGACUGGGAGAGUAUCGAACUCACCCUUGCCAACGGCACCACCACGACGGUCUCGGGCGACAGUGCCGCUACGACCACCUCGCCGGCAAAGGUCAACUGGGCGACCUAUUUUCCUAGUGCCGGCGGUCGGAUGGAGGUUCCAACGGGGUUUUAUUUCUACGCUGCUUGUUUCGCUCUUGUUGCAGUCUUGUUUUGAUGAUCUUGAUGAUUUAUGUUUGCUUUAGCGUCAGCAUUAUGGGGUACGAUUUAUGAGAUUUCGGUAUUAUAGAAAUUGUGAAAUAGUUUAUACCAUCUAGUCUGAAUUGAACAGGGUAUAUAUCACCCAUA